AUUGACACGAGCGAGCGAGCGAGACUGAGCGAGACUCAGAGAGGAGAGAGAGAGAGAGAGAGAGGAGAGAGAUCAACUCGUCGUGAAGGGGUUUCGCAGGGCGAGAGAGAGAGAGAGAGAGAUAGAGGGUGUUUAUUCGCUGUGAUGACAAUUUGAAGAGAUUGAAAGAAAGAAGAGACAGAGAAAUGGCGUCGUCGAUUUCGAAUAUCGGUGGUGAAAGGAUUCCAGUGGAGGUGUGUAAGGGCAUCAAUGGCCUCGAGAAGGUCGUGCUCCGGGAGGUUCGCGGCCCUUCUGCUGAAGUGUAUCUUUAUGGUGGUCAUGUGACAUCUUGGAAGAAUGAGCAUGGAGAGGAGCUGCUUUUUGUCAGUAGUAAGGCUAUUUUCAAGCCUCCAAAAGCAAUCCGUGGAGGUAUCCCAAUAUGCUUCCCUCAAUUUUCAAAUCAUGGCUCUCUUGAGCAGCAUGGAUUUGCUAGAAAUAGGUUUUGGAGCAUUGAAAAAGAUCCACCUCCUUUCCCAACGAACUCAUCCAGUAAGGCUUUUGUUGAUUUGAUCCUUAAACCCUCUGAAGACGAUUUGAAGAUAUGGCCACACAGUUUUGAAUUUCGAUUGAGGGUGGCUUUGGGACCUGGAGGAGAUUUGAUGCUGACAUCUCGAAUCAGAAAUACCAACACUGAUGGAAAACCAUUUACUUUCACAUUUGCAUAUCAUACCUAUUUUUCUGUUUCAGAUAUCAGUGAAGUUCGGGUAGAAGGAUUGGAGACGCUGGAUUAUCUUGACAACUUACAGAACAAGGAGCGAUUUACUGAACAAGGAGAUGCAAUAACUUUUGAGUCAGAAGUGGAUAAAAUAUACCUCAGCACCCCUACAAAGAUUGCAAUCUUGGAUCAUGAGAAGAAACGGACAUUUGUUAUUCGCAAGGAUGGACUUCCAGAUGCUGUUGUGUGGAACCCCUGGGAUAAGAAGGCGAAGGCAAUGGCUGAUUUUGGAGAUGAUGAAUAUAAGCAUAUGCUGUGUGUGGAGGCUGCUGUGGUAGAAAAACCAAUAACUUUAAAGCCUGGUGAGGAGUGGAGAGGAAGGCAGGAACUAUCUGCUGUUCCUUCUAGUUAUUGCAGUGGGCAGCUUGAUCCUCGGAAAGUCCUACUGGGCAGCUAAAAGGCUCAUUUUCUGGUCUAAAAUCCUGUACAGGUGCUCUGUUGCAAGGGUGGUUGGAGCAUGACAGCAAUAUCUUGCUUUCUUUUUUAUAUCUUUCCUUCACUGUACCCUCUCUCCCUUGUUAUAUUUUCUUUACUUGGGUGGAAGGUGAAUUAUUCAUGAGUAGCAGAGUUGUCAAAAUAAUGUUUCUUGCUAUGUUUGGAUGUUUGGUAGAGCAUCUGGAACUGGAGUAAGGAGAACCAUCUAUGCUAUUUGCCUUUGGAUGCUUAAACCAAAAAAAAAAAAGUUAUUGCUGCGUUGGUUGGGAACUUACAGUAUUGUCUCUCUCUGAAGUUGUAACACCUUGGGCUUGUAAAAAGCCGACUCUUUCCUCGUUAUCCAUUAGCCCAGCUGGUAAAUUGUUUGUAAACUUUCCUUGAUUCUUAUAUAUGCUUCUGGUCUGGCAAUUCCUCUC